CGCCUCGCCUCGAGCCCUUCAAAACCCCGUUCUUACACUCUCGAAGCCACCCCGAUCCCCUUGUUCUCGCCGGUAAGCCCUCCAUUCCGCGAUCCAUCCAUCCUUCCACUCGCGGCAUAUUGCUCCAAGAUCUUUGCGACAACAAUGAGAGAAAUCCUCCACGUCCAGGGUGGUCAGUGCGGUAAUCAGAUCGGGUCUAAGUUCUGGGAAGUGGUGUGUGAUGAGCAUGGGAUCGAUCCCACCGGGAGGUACACUGGGACGUCAGAUCUCCAGCUGGAGCGUGUCAACGUGUACUACAAUGAGGCUUCCUGUGGGAGGUACGUCCCCAGGGCCGUGCUGAUGGAUCUGGAGCCUGGUACCAUGGACAGCGUACGAACUGGGACCUAUGGCCAGAUCUUCCGCCCUGAUAACUUUGUCUUCGGUCAGUCUGGUGCUGGAAACAACUGGGCUAAGGGUCACUACACCGAAGGAGCUGAGCUCAUUGACUCGGUUCUCGAUGUGGUGAGGAAGGAGGCUGAGAACUGUGACUGCCUUCAGGGAUUCCAAGUAUGCCACUCUCUUGGUGGAGGAACUGGUUCUGGAAUGGGAACUCUGUUGAUAUCAAAGAUCAGGGAGGAGUAUCCUGAUCGGAUGAUGCUCACCUUCUCUGUUUUCCCGUCACCCAAGGUUUCAGACACCGUUGUUGAGCCCUACAAUGCAACCCUUUCCGUCCACCAGUUAGUCGAGAAUGCAGACGAAUGCAUGGUACUGGAUAAUGAGGCACUUUAUGAUAUAUGCUUCCGCACUCUCAAGUUAACCACUCCCAGCUUUGGAGACUUGAAUCACUUGAUAUCUGCAACCAUGAGCGGUGUCACAUGCUGCCUCCGGUUCCCUGGGCAACUCAAUUCUGACCUCCGAAAGCUGGCUGUGAAUCUGAUCCCCUUCCCUCGUCUCCACUUCUUUAUGGUUGGUUUUGCACCCUUGACCUCACGGGGAUCACAACAGUACCGUGCCCUGACUGUCCCCGAGCUGACCCAACAGAUGUGGGAUGCUAAGAACAUGAUGUGUGCUGCUGAUCCUCGCCAUGGUCGCUAUCUCACAGCCUCUGCUAUGUUCAGAGGCAAAAUGAGUACUAAAGAAGUUGAUGAGCAGAUGAUCAAUGUCCAGAACAAGAACUCAUCCUACUUUGUGGAGUGGAUUCCCAACAAUGUGAAGUCCAGUGUGUGUGACAUACCACCUAGGGGUCUCUCUAUGGCAUCCACCUUCAUUGGGAACUCGACAUCGAUUCAGGAAAUGUUUAGGAGGGUGAGUGAGCAGUUCACUGCCAUGUUUAGGAGAAAGGCUUUCUUGCACUGGUACACCGGGGAGGGUAUGGAUGAGAUGGAGUUCACUGAAGCUGAGAGCAACAUGAACGACCUCGUAUCAGAGUACCAGCAGUAUCAGGAUGCCACUGCCGACGAAGAGGGUGAUUACGAGGACGAGGAGGAGGAAAUACCCCAAGAGAUGUGAUAUGUAGACCGAACAAGUUGCUGCAUGUAGCGAUUAUCUUGUGGUAUUGCUUUUGAUAUUACGUGCCAGUAGUAGCUAUGCAUUUCUCUGGUACUGUAGCAGCUAAUGUACCUGAAUCCGUUGCUAUGAUGACAUAUUGCUUAAUAUGCAUGUGUAUGUUAAUGAAUCAGAUGAUCGUUCAA